UAUGUCAUUAGCUAGAGAUGACAUAAAGAAAGCUAUUAUUGAAGCAAUAAUGAUUCGUAGCCUUGGUGAGAAUGCUAUCCCUCAAGAAGCAUUCUACUGCCCAUGUGGCAAUGAACAGAAACACGUUCUUCUAAUUACAAAAAGCAUCACUGGAGAACGCAUGUUCACAUGCACCAAAGAUCCUACAAAGCACAUUGAUGAUGACAGGUCAUGGAUAGAUUGGCUUGAUAUUUCAAAAAAUGACGGACAAUUAACAGAUUCUGAUACUUCCACUGCCACAGUUAAUGAACUUAGUUUAGAUGAUCACAAUGAAGUAUUUGGAUUAUUGAACAAUUCAAUAACUAAAUGGGAUGUAUUAGGUUUAAAACUUGAUGUUCGUUACACAGAACUGGACAAAAUACAAACUGAUUGCAAAGACAUAGAUAGCUGCCUAAUGAAAAUGCUAGCUGCUUGGCUGAAGCAGUCCAGUGGUAAGGGACCUCCUACUUACAAGCAAUUGGUAGAAGCAUUGGAAAGUAUGGGGGAAGCUACUUUAGCUAAUGAGAUAAAGAGAAGUUUGUCAAAGAGAAAAGGAAGCAAAAGUGAUGCAUCAGCUAGCAAGAGACAAUGUAUGUGAACAAAUGUGAUUUUA